AUGGCCCGGAUGAACCGCCCUGCGCCAGUGGAGGUCUGCUACAAAAACAUGAGGUUCCUGAUCACCCACAACCCCACCAACGCCACGCUCAGCACCUUCCUGGAGGACCUGAAGAAGUACGGUGCCACCACAGUUGUGCGAGUGUGCGAAGUGACCUAUGACAAGACCCCCCUGGAGAAGGACGGCAUCACUGUCAUGGAUUGGCCGUUCGAUGAUGGAGCGCCUCCUCCAAGCAAGAUAGUGGAAGAUUGGCUCAACUUGCUGAAAACCAAGUUCUGUGAAGACCCUGGCUGCUGUGUGGCCGUGCACUGCGUGGCUGGCCUCGGGCGCGCUCCCGUCCUCGUCGCGCUGGCCUUGAUCGAGAGCGGGAUGAAGUACGAAGACGCCAUCCAGUUCAUCCGACAGAAGCGCAGAGGAGCCAUCAACAGCAAGCAGCUGACAUACUUGGAAAAAUACCGACCAAAGCAAAGACUCCGAUUUAAGGACCCUCAUAACCACAAGAACAAAUGCUGCAUCAUGUAACCUCAAUGACCUCUUG